UUUCCGAAAUAAUAUUUCUGGAGACAAAAAAUGCAGUUUUUAACUACGUACAUUUCAAGUUUCCUUAUAUUCUAUACUUCUUUUAUUCGAACAGAAAACAUUACAUUAUGUACAGAGAAGCAGAUAAAGUAUACAUAUACAACAUGUGAUGAUAAGGGUAAUCAUUGGAGAGUUCAAGUUCCAUUAACUAAUGAUUGUUCACUAAAAACACCUUUGGCCCCUACCUUAGGGCUUCCGUGUGAUUUCUCUUGUGCUCCCGGACAAUAUUUAGAUAUAUUAAUUCAAAAAUGUUUAAAUUGUCCAGAAGGAUUAUUCUCAGCUGGUGAUACUAAAAGAUAUUCAACUUGGCCAUCUCUUCCUGAAGGUUUUUCUACACGAGGUUCUGAAGGAGAUGAUCAGUCAACAGAAGCAGGAAAUAAAUGUGCUGAUGCUGUUUGGUCGGCAAGAGAUGAUUACUUGGAAUCAAACGGAUCAUAUUGUAAAUCAAUCCUCAUUUAUGAAGUCAUUCUAGCAAAGCCUGGAAAUAUAACUUUUACAGUUAGAUCUGGUGAUGAAUCUUCUUUUUUUCAUGCAUAUGUAAAAGAUUCAGUAUGUGCCACUAGUUACCAAUAUAUGAGUGACCAAGACAAGUAUAUUUCACUUUCAAGAGAUUGGGAAACGUACAGUCUUAGAUUGCAGAAAGGUUUAAACACAGUGUUUUUCACGGCUGCAAAUUAUGGAAGUAUGUACACAGAAGACUCAACUGGAGAACAGUAUGAAACUGACACAGAAAAAACAGUCAUGAUAAAGGAUAUAUUGGUGGCAGGUUUUCCAUUUUCUAAUGAAUGUGAGUGGUGUCCACCAGGUACAUUCAGUCGAGAAGGAGCAAGUUUUUGUGAAAGUUGUGAAGCAAAUACAUUUUCAAAAGGUGGGGCAGGCGUGUGUGAAAAAUGUUCAGAAGAUGAAUAUUCAUCUCCAAAAUCACAAGAAUGUCGCAAAAGAAAACCUUGCACUGAAAAUGAUUUUGAUGAAUAUUGGACACAAUGUGAAAAUGGAAAAACAAACAAAGUUUAUAAAUGGCUGGAACCUCAAAUAUGCAGCUCAACUAUUUCAAAUGCAGUUUCCUUACCUAAACCAUCUGAAAAAGUUGAUUGUCCACCAUGCAACCCUGGGUUUUAUUCUAAUGGAACAGAUUGCGUUGUGUGUCCUAAGAACACAUACAGUAAUGGGAGAGAAGAGUGUAAAUCGUGCCCACCUCAUACAAAGGGUAAACCUGGCUUACAAUUUCGGUUUUGGAACAAGCUUCCUUUGAGUGGUCCAAUUCACUUGUAUUGUUUGUCCAAUCCAGGAUAUGAAAAUGGCUGUCGCACGCCAACUGGGUGGUCAGUUUACAAUUCAUACAUUUCUACUGGUAUUGGUCAUUCUGAUGAUGCAGAAUUAGUUAUGUAUAUAGAUGUAACUGCAUUCACUGAAGAUCAGUCAACAUUUACAAUGACAUUUGAACAGUUCUGUCAAAAUGAUGACCUAUGUCGAACAAAGUUCCAAGAAGUAGAUGCAGGUCACACUGUACAUGACAUUCAAACGUUUGAGGGGACUUUACCAAAAAGAACUUUUGCACAUAAUCGACAUUCAAGAUAUGGCGUAAAAUACAGAAUUGUUUUUGAAAAAAAAUAUAAUCCAGAUAUUCAAUCAUUCAAGUCUCUAAUGUCAAGAUUAAUGAUUUACAGUAUUGAUAUAACUAAUGUUGAAAAUGGUGGUACAGAAACAUGUGCACAAUGUGUUGAUGGAAGUGAUUGCAUCAACUGCAAACCAGGGCAUUAUAUUGAAUCUGAAAAAUGUAUUCCAUGUCCUGAAAAUACAUACCUACCACCUUUGUCAACCACAUCAAAACUAUCACUUGAAAUGUGUCAAAAAUGUCCUGAUGGCCUUGUCAGUGAACCAGGUUCAAGUUCGUGUUAUUCUAACUGUUUAUACAAUGUUUCAAGUGAGCAAUCUGCUAAAGUCUACAACUUCUCUGCACUUGCUGGAUUUCAUCUGGUCAAGGGUGCUUCACAAUUUACUUCAAAAGGUUAUCAGUUUUAUCAUAUGUAUAAUAUUAGUUUGUGUGGCCACACCCGUCAAGAAAGUGUAUGCGUUGAUAACUCAACUCAGACUAAUUCAUUGGAAUCAGACUUUUUUGUUCGAGGUGGUGUUUGUCGCUCUACAAUGGUUCCUGAUGAUGGAAGCAGUAUAAGUGCGCAAGUGAUGAGUGUUGGGCAAAGUCUUCUCCAUAUCAAGCCAUCACUUAGUGAAAUGGAUGAAAAUGUUAACAAAACCAAAGUCUUGAAGUCAUCAAAGUUUGGUAGCCUGUCGUUCACCUUCUUUUCAAACAGGUUUACUCAGAUAUGCAAGAAUGGAACAACAUCUAUUGUUCACUUGGUUUGUGAUCCUAAAGAAUAUGGCACUAAUGCUAUUCAAAUUGGUAGCAGCAAUUGUAAUACAGAAACUUGUGAUGGAUGCAAAUUUGAAUUUACAUGGAAAACCAUGCAUGCAUGCCCCAAAUGUAGUGAAAGUGAUUAUGAAGCUAUUGCUUCAGGAUGUGAAAAUGGUAUGAAAAAAACUCGCUUUGUGUGGAAGGAACCGCGCAUUUGUGUUAAAAGUGUUGAAAAACCAGCAGAUGUUGUUAUUGAAUGUUCAAUUCUUGAAAAAAGUAUAUUAGAUUUCAAGCUUGCAAUUGUUGCUUUUCUGUUUGGUGCUAUUUUGUUAGCCAUCCUUGUUGUAUACUUGUGUUGCAGAAAUAGAAGCUUAAGUUAUAAGUAUAAUCGAUUAGUUGAUAUCAGUAUGGCAAAAGAUGGCGAAUUUCCUGAAUCUGAAAAGUGUGCUCUCGAAGUUGGAGAAGAAGAUGAAGAGGUUACUGUAUCAAAAGGAAAAGGUGGUUCAAAGUUUUUAAAACGCAUCAAGGGUCUCCGAAAGAAAAAAGAUCAACAAUUUUCUGAAUUUGCAACAAUUAAUCUUGAUGCAGCAAAUGAUGAUUCAGCAGAUGAAGAUGAAAUAUAAGUUUUUUUAAAUUUAGAAUAGCUCGUAGAACCGUGACGAAAUUUUGUGACAACAUUUUUUUUAUUAUUAUAUGGUGAUUGUUUUUAUAAUUUUUACUGAAUUUAUUUUCGUAUUUUAUUUUAUUUUUUAUAUAAAUAACUCCUAUACGUCAUUGGUUGGCAAUUUUUUUAUUUUAAGUUGUUACUAUUUUGAUAUUGAAUUGGUUUAUUAUUGCCUCAGCAACAACAUACUUUUUAAUUUAUUUGUCAAAUUUAUUUUUUAUUUAUUGAAAUUUUGUUUUUUAUUUAAAUUUAUUAUUUAACAGAAAAUAAAUUUGUGUGCGAUUUUUUUGGAAACAUUUUUGUGAAAAAAUAAAUUUUCAUUAAAUUGUAGUUUGCUUGUUGACCAGAACGGAUACAACCAGGUGCGCGUAACACAGAAAUGCAAAAAGUUAAAUUAAAAGCAAAUAAAAAUUAUUAUUAACGAAAUAUAGCAACAAUUUUAGUAGCAACGUAAAGUAAAAGUAUUUGAAAUUUGGAAACACAGAAAUGCUCGAA